AUGCCUGCCUGUCUAUGCUGUCUCCUUGAGUGCUUGCCCGGUUUAAAAGGAUUGGAAGUGCUGUCACCAUUUUUGGGAUCUAUCCCACAAAACAAACCAACCUCAGUCAGCAAUUUGGAGAUAUUAAAUUUCUUAAAUAAUGGACUGGUAGCAACAAAUCCUGGUCUGGAUCUUCUCAAUCAUGGACUUGGCUUUGGGAUGGCAGCUUUACGAGGACUUGGAAUUAUAAUGGAGAACAAUCGGCAAAAUCAUGACGUGGCACAGCAAUGAAAGACUCAUUUCAGGUAAUUCUUUUCGUUUAAUUAAAAGUAUUUCACAACCCUUAAUAUUUAUUCCAGAAAAUGGUAUGGUGUAUCAUU